AACAGCACCGAGAAACCCGGAUUUGAACUUGAAAAACCAGCAUUUUUUCCCAUGUCAAUCUAGGUUAAAUCUUCUUCAGACACUGUUAUUGUCCCUGUUGUGUGCUUUUCAUCUCUAACAUACAACCCGGGCAGGGUGCAUUUCUGAGUCUGAGCUUAUCUGGAAUUCUCCUCUUUAAAAAAAAAGGAUAAAAACCUCUAAUACAGUGAGACCACAAGUAAUAUCUCAAGAUUUAAGGUUGUAGCUUGGAACUUCAGUAUAAGCAAAGGAUUGUAUUGGACUAGCAGCAUGAUCAUAUAAUAAUUAUUGUUCAAGUACUAGUUACUGAAUGACUUCCUGAUUUUUCUGAAGAAAUUGCUAAAAUAAUAUGGUUGCUUGCUGAAUUAAUGGAUAUAUUCAUAUGCUUAAGCCAGGUAAUAAGCCAAAUCAAGCAACUUGUAACGGAAUUAGAAGAAGACUUUUACUUGUCUUCUUUGUUGCUUCCCUAUAUAUAUGAUCAUUCUGAUAUGGGCAUGGCCUGUGGACAAUUUGAAGGUCAAAGAGAAGUUAUAUUGGUGAGAAAGAAAAUGGAGAUAAGGAGAGUAUUGACAUUAUUCAUAGUUUUCUUGAUUCUGCAGAGGGGGGAGGGACAAUUAUCUCAAGGUUUCUACAAUGCUACUUGUCCGGAUGUGGAAUCCAUAGUAAGAAAGGCGGUGGAAAAUAAGUUUAAACAAACCUUCGUCACAAUCCCUGCGACCCUACGACUGUUUUUCCAUGACUGCUUUAUUGGGGGCUGUGAUGCAUCAAUCAUGAUUUCAUCGCCAAACGGUGAUGCGGAGAAGGAUGCUCCAGACAAUCUCUCCCUUGCAGGAGACGGGUUUGACACUGUAAUAAAGGCCAAGCAAGCAGUGGAAGCAAAAUGCCCUAAAGUAGUCUCUUGUGCAGACAUUAUGGCUAUUGCUGCUAGAGAUGUUGUAGUUCUGGCUGGAGGUCCUUCAUUUGAAGUAGAAUUGGGACGUCGUGAUGGACUCGUAUCUCAGGCAUCAAGGGUAGCAGGAAAACUGCCACAGCCUAACUUCAAUCUCGGUCAACUUAACACCAUGUUUGCCAAAAACAACCUCACACAAACUGAUAUGAUUGCACUCUCAGGAGCUCAUACUGUAGGCUUCUCUCACUGCAGUCGCUUUGCAAAUCGCUUGUACUCAUUUUCUCCAUCCUCUCCUGUGGAUCCCGAUCUAGAUCCUACCUACGCACAGCAGUUAAAGCAAGAGUGUCCUCAAAAUGUAGACCCCAGCAUUGCAGUAAACAUGGAUCCUGUAACCCCCCAAAAUUUUGACAAUAAGUACUUCAAGAAUCUAGUUGCCAAGAAGGGAUUGUUUACAUCUGAUGAGGUGCUCUUUACUAAUCCAGCAUCUAAACCAACCGUGGUUCACUUUUCUAAAAAGCAAAAUUUUUUUAAUGGAGCCUUCAUCACAGCAAUGGCAAAGCUUGGAAGGGUGGGAGUUAAGACUGGUAAAGCAGGGGAGAUAAGGCUAGACUGCACAUCCUUUAACUCUUAAAAGAAAGAUAUUGGCAUGGAAUAAUUGGGAGCCUCAAUGUUAGCAUUUGAUCACAAAAUAAAUAUGACCUUGAUUCUUUGCCUUGUUUUUCUGUGUUUGUCAUUUACUAUCACUAAUUGACAUCCGCAGGAGCUAAUGGCUUUGCUCCUGGUGCCUUUUUUUUUUUCUUUUGUAAUUAUGACAAUAAAAAUGCAUUUG